UCGUUUGCGCUUGUUGACUCCAAGGAUGUUCAAUGCAAGGAAGAUGAGGGGGUUCAGUUAGUUGAAGUGACCGGUUUCAAACCCACAACAUCGGAGGAAAUGCUGCGGCUGUAUUUUGAGAAUCCUCGUAAAUCUAAAGGCGACGAAAUAGAAACGUGGGAGAUGGACACCAGAACAAAGACCAUCCGAAUUAAAUACAGCGACCCAUCAGUUGCAAGAGCAGUGACGGAGAAAACUCACAAGCUCGAAGGCGUACAACUGACGGUGAGCCUGUUUGUCAAGAGAAAAACCCGCCCUCGUCCAGUCAAGAAGCGAUGCUUGGUUCUCAGAGGGAUCCCGGAUGGGUGCCCCUCGGAGCAUGUGGAGCUUUAUAUUGAGAAUUGCUCUGGCAUGGAUGAGCCAAUUGUCAAGUACGGAGAGAAACCCGGAACAGCAUUGUGUACAUUCAAACAAGACAUCCCAGACUUACAGAAAGUCAUACAGAAGAUUUGCUCAAAGAAGCUACAGAAAGCCCAGGUGACAGCGGAAGUGGUGAACGAGUCUGACUGUAUGCUGGUGCAAGGAUUGACAGACAGAGUGUCUUUGGAGUUCAUCGAGUUGUAUUUUGACAACAAAAAGAAGAGUGGUGGCGGCGGUGUGAGAGAAGUAUUGCCAGGAAGUGCAGAGGACCAGGCAAUUGUGUACUUUGAGGAUUGGAAAGUUAUUGCUGACGUGUUGUCCAAGAAAGGAAAUCACAAGGUGGGCAACGCUGAAGUGUCGGUCGAAGAAUACCAUGACUGCUUGGGAAGACUGAGUGAAUUAGAUGUUCCAACGCCACACAUCCCUAAGCCAAUAUCCAUGCAGGUACCUCAGCAAAUCAUGGAAUUCAUCUUUGGAGCAAAGGGCAAACACACAAAGAAGAAGCUGGUUGUAGUGUUGAAGAACGUGAAAGCCCUCUUACGUUGGCCUGAUGGCGACAAGAAGACGGCCGCUAGACUCGAACCCCUUGAGGAGGACGGGAAGCCUCAGUUUUCCUGGCUCAACUGGUCUCAAUUGUGCGACGAGGUUUUUACAGGCUUUCUAAAGGGAUGCAGAGCAACUGAGAUUCAGGUCCCGAGUCCGUUGUGGAAAGAAGCAAGUGCCAAUCUGGCGAAGAUCAAUGCCACUCAGAUCUGCUCAGUCGUCCCGGAUGAUCAGACUCAUUCGGUACAACUAGUGGGGGAGCAACAAGACGUAGACACAGCGGCAGCAGACAUCAUGGUUCUCAUCAAGGAGUUGCAAGCAAAGGCUGACAGUGAUGCUCAGCUAACAAAGGAGGAGAUCGCCAUGACACCAAAUAAGCUGACGCUUUUCACCCAGUGCGGUAUCCGCCGUAAAAUGGAACAGAUGUUCCCAAACCUGAAAAUCACUAUCGCGCCUUUUCAAGGGCAGAUGGGGCUAGUCCUUGAAGGAACGAGGAAGAAAGUCGUGGAAGCAGAGUUAUGGAUGAGAAGACAAAUGGAUGGACUGAACAGUGUGGAGUUUAAAACGGGGAGGGGCAAAACGGCGUUCAUUCGCGAUGUUUCCGACAAAAUUCACGAGAUAUUAGGGUCAAAGGAUAUCAACGCUGCGUGCAACAUUUCUGCAGAUGGCAAGAUCAAGAUAUAUGGGUCCAGCAAAAAUGAUACAUCUCAGGCUAAAAUGUAUAUUGAUCUGGAAAUAGAAGAGGAUGUGAUCCGUAUCAAUGGGCCUGCUGUGAUAGCUGUUCUGAAAAGUCAAGAUGGAACCCAGCUAGUCGCAGGCAUCAACACAAAUAAAUUUGCCAAGGCUGACAUCAAUUAUCAGUCGGAAAAUAUAGAGCUCGCUGGAUUCCGGAACGAGUUGAAAGAAAUUAAGCAGCACAUUCUAACAUUCCUGAAGGAUACUGUCAAGGUACAGGGUACUAUCCGCACUAACCGAAGCAAAGUUCGUAUGAUCAACACAUAUAACGGCCAGGAACUGACGAGUUUUACGGCCAAACACCAGAGAGACCACGUCAUCAUCCAGCCACAAAUGAGCGGACGCAACGUGGGCUUUCAUGUCGAGGGAAACGAAGAAGGCCUGGAAGCUGCCAGGCAGUUUGUCAGCCAGCUUUUGGUUAGAAUCAAGGAGAAACCAUAUCCCGUCACAAAGAUCGGCAUGGUUCAGCUCUUCCGUGAAACUAAAGGAAAGAAGUUUCUGGAAUCCGUUGAGGAGGAGCUUGAGUGUGUGAUCGACGUGAUUGGAGAAAACGAAAACGAUGACGAGGAUGUGGAAGGUGCUACCGCAAGUCCACCCCUGACUGAAGCCACAGAGGUGCUAUGUAGAGUCACAAUUCGCGAUGGCUGCACCUUGAGGGUGUGCAAAGGGGACUUGACUAAACAGAAGGUUGAUUGCAUAGUAAAUGCUACAAACGUGGAUCUGAAACAAAUUAGGGGAUUAGCAGCGGCUAUCCUAAAGGCUGGCGGACAAAUAAUUCAGACCGAGUGUGAUGAGAUACUGAAGAAGAAGGGUCGGAAGUUAUAUGAAGCAGAGCCCAUUUGCACUUCUAGUGGCAGCCUACCCUGCAAGAAAGUCAUUCACGUUGCUGGACCACGGUGGCCGUCUUGGAAAACAACCACGCCGAUGCUGGACGACCAACCCACCCAUGAAGAACAUCUCCUCUUUGAAAGCGUCUUCUGUUGCCUUCGACUGGCAAAUCAGCUUAAGAUGCAGUCCAUCGCCAUCCCUGCCAUCAGCACGGAUGUGAACGGAUUCCCCAGGAAGCUUGCCGCGAUCCAGAUUGUGGACGCGGUGGUUGGGUUUAGCCAAAAAGUGCCCGACACGAGUCUGACGGAGAUACGUCUGACCAACCACGACCAGCAGACCUGUGAUGUGAUGAAACAAGUCACAAUGGAUCAGUUGGGACAUCUUUUGGAAAAUGAACCUUCCCUCGAUGCCACAGCAGAUUGGGCGAAAACUGUUCUACCUGGGGCCGCUGCUGAGGACACGUCCCACGAUGAGUCCCAACGAGAAACGAUCCGGCUUCACAUCUGCGCCAUGGAUGACGUCACCAUACGGAGAGCAAGAGACAAGAUCGAUAGAUAUCAAGCCGAGGCGUUCACAUCGGAGGAUGACCAAGGCGAGGAAGAUGAGGGGGUUCACUUAGUUGAAGUGACCGGUUUCAAAUCCACCACAUCGGAGGAAAUGCUGCGGCUGUAUUUUGAGAGUCCUCGUAAAUCUAAAGGUGGCGAAAUAGAAACGUGGGAGAUGGACACCAAAACCGGGACCAUCGGAAUUAAAUACAGUGACCCAUCAGUUGCAAGAGCAGUGACGGAGAGAACUCACAAACUCGAAGGCGUACAACUGACGUUGAGACUGAUUGUCAAGAGAAAACCCCGCCCUCGUCCAGUGAAGAAGCGAUGUUUGUUUCUCAGAGGGAUCCCGGAUAGGUGCCCUUCACAGCAGAUAGAGCUUUACCUUGAGAAUUGCUCUGACAUGGAUGAGCCAAGAGUUGAGUACGGGGAAAAACCUGGAACAGCAUUGUGUACAUUCACACAAGACAUCCAAGACUUGCGGAAAGUCAUACGGAAGAUUUGCUCAAAGAAGCUACAGGGGUCCCAGGUGACAGCGGAAGUGGUACACGAGUGUGAUUGCAUCCUUGUGCAAGGAUUGACAGACGGAGUGUCUUUGGAGUUCAUCGAGUUGUAUUUUGACAACAAAAAGAAGAGUGGUGGCGGCGGUGUGCGAGAAGUAUUGCCAGGAAAUGCAGAGGACCAGGCAAUUGUGUACUUUGAGGACUGGAAAGUUAUUGCUGAUGUAUUGUCCAAGAAAGGACCUCACAAGGUGGGCAACGCUGAAGUGUCGGUUGAAGAGUACAAUGACUGCUUGGGACGACUGAGUGAAUUAGAUGUUCCAACGCCACACACCCCUAAGCCAAUAUCUAUGCAGGUACAUCAGGACAUCAUGGAAUUCAUCUUUGGAGUGAAGGGCAAACACACAAAGAAGAAGUUGGUGGAAGAGUUGAAGAAGGUAAAAGCCCUCCUACGCUGGCCCGAUGGUGAUAAGAAGACGGCCGCUAGACUCGAACCCCUAGAGGGGGACGGGCAGCCGCAGUCUUCUUGGCUCAACUGGUCUCAAUUGUGCAACGAGGUUUUGACAGGCUUUCUGAAUAGAUGCAAAUCAACUGCAGUUUAUGUCCCAAGUCCGUUGUGGAAAGAAGCAAGUGUCAAACUGACAAAGAUCAAUGCCACUCAGAUCUGCUCAGUCCUGGAUGACCAGACUCACUCCGUAGAACUGGUGGGGGAGAAACAAGAUGUAAACGCAGUAGCAGCUGACAUCCUGGUUGUCAUUAAAGAGUUGCAAGCAAAGGCUGAUAGUGAUGCACAGCAAACAAAGGAGACGAUCGUCAUGACAACAAACAGGCUUAAGCUUUUCACCCAGUGUGGUAUUCGCCGUAAAAUGGAAAAGAUGUUUCCAGACCUGAAAAUCACUAUCCCGACAAUUCAAGGGCAAAUGGGGUUAAUCGUAGAAGGAACGAGGAAGAAAGUCGUGGAAGCAGAGUUAUGGAUGAGAAGACAAAUGGAUGGACUAAACAGUGUGGAGCUUAAAACUGGGACGGGCAAAACGGCGUUCAUUCGCGAUGUCUCCGACAAAAUUCACGAGAUAUUAGGGUCGAAGGAUAUCAACGCUGCGUGCAGCAUGUCUGCAGAUGGCAAGAUCAAGAUAUAUGGGUCCAGCAAAAAGGAUACAUCUCUGGCUAAAAUGUAUAUUGAACAGGAAAUAGAAGAAGAUGUGAUCCGUAUCAAUGGUCCUGCUGUGAUAGCUGUUUUGAAAAGCCAAGAUGGAAUCCAGUUAGUCACAGGCAUCAACGAAAAGAAAGUUGUCAAGGCUGACAUCAAUUAUCAGUCAGGAAAUAUAGAGCUUGUUGGAUUCCAGAACGAGUUAAAAGAAACCAAGCAGCACAUUCUGGCAUUCCUGAAUGAUACUGUCAGAGUAAAGGGUAAAGAGUUGUUCACGAGAAUGCAGGUCAAGGAGACCAAAAAACAACAUAGUGAGCAUUUGUGGAAAGAAGUGCAGUGGAAGUACAGCACACCGACUGGUGAGGAAGACUACCAAGCCGAGAUAAAUGUCAUCAUAGAGGACGCCUACCAAAGUAAACAGCCGUCGGUUGUCCUCCAUCUGGUAGACGGGCGGGUUACCAUAGACUUCCGUAAAAUGGAGGAACGGUCAAGGGCCGGUGCUUUCAGCGUAAAUCGUGUUGACCUUCAGCACGUUCCUAAAUUCCAGGUACCGAGCAGCUGGAUACCCAUGAAACCAGGCAAGCACUUCCAGCUAAUGAAACUAGCUGCAGGAACCCAGGAAUACACGGAUGUCGAAACACGAUUCCGAUCUUCCAUGGGUACCACGGCCCCCAUCAGCCAAAUCGACGAGAUAUUAAGAAUCCAGAAUACAGAUAUAAUGAUGCAGUAUCAGGCCCGUAAGGCAGCGCUAGAGGCUCGUCUUGGUCGUACAGACAUUGAGGAGACGUUGUACCAUGGAACCGACGAGCAAACGUGUGACAAGAUCAACAAGUAUGGAUUUAACCGCAGCUUCAGUGGUAAAAAGGCAACCGUUUACGGCAACGGGACCUAUUUCGCGGCCGAAGCUAGCUUCUCGGCCAGAUCCAUCUUCGCUAAACCGAACGCCAACAACACAAAGCACAUCUACGCCGCCAAAGUCCUAGUGGGAGAUUUCACCACUGGUGCCCAGAGUAUGGUGGUGCCCCCGAAUAAACCCAACAACCCAGAUCAGCUAUACGACAGCGUGGUGGACAACGUGGGCACGCCCAGCAUAUACGUCAUCUUUCACGAUGCCCAGGCUUAUCCAGAACACCUCAUCAAAUACAAGUAAAUGAAGCAUAUAACAGCCGCCAGAAAGUCUUUUGCAAUUUCCAUAGAAUUAGGAAUUGAAAUCUCUUCGAUUGGUGGCAGCAGCGUAUUAGUCCUUACGGGUGCAGACCUGCAAAUCGACUCCCAUAGACCUACGCAUACUUUCGAAAGUUAUUACAAAUACUCACAACUCUCAGAUGUUUGAGACACCCAUAAAAUUAAAGUUUAU